ACAGAGGAAAUCGAGGCAUCUCAGUCCGGAAUUGAAGAUGGGGGUAUGGCUGGGCCAGGCGCGCCAACACCACUGUCUGCAUUAGAGGGCGUAGCUGGUCUUACAAAAAGGGACAUACAGCUGAUAGUGGAGGGCGGCUACAACACGGUUGAAUCGGUUGCCUACACGCCGCGACGACUCCUUGAACAGAUUAAAGGGAUCUCGGAGCAGAAGGCCACAAAGAUAUUAACCGAGGCUUCUAAACUCGUCCCUAUGGGGUUCACCACCGCUACUGAAAUGCAUCAGCGAAGAAGCGAAUUAAUAUCCAUUACAACCGGGUCCAAGCAGCUCGACACAUUACUAGCGGGCGGUAUUGAGACCGGCUCAGUCACCGAGAUAUUUGGAGAAUUUCGCACGGGGAAGAGUCAGAUAUGUCAUACUCUGGCAGUUACUUGCCAGUUACCUUUCGACAUGGGAGGAGGGGAAGGUAAAUGCCUUUACAUCGAUACCGAGGGGACGUUUCGACCCGUCCGUCUCCUUGCAGUUGCCAAUCGAUAUGGUCUAUCCGGCGAAGAGGUUCUAGAUAAUGUCGCCUACGCUCGUGCUUACAACUCGGAUCAUCAACUGCAGCUGCUUAACCAAGCUGCUGCUAUGAUGUGUGAGACUCGCUUCUCUUUACUUAUCGUUGACAGCGCUACUUCUCUGUAUCGAACAGAUUUUGUUGGACGUGGCGAGCUAUCCUCAAGACAAACGCAUUUGGCUAAAUUCAUGCGCAGUCUCCAACGCCUGGCAGAUGAGUUUGGUAUCGCGGUAGUUAUCACAAAUCAGGUCGUCGCUCAGGUCGAUGGUGGCCCAAGCGCCAUGUUCAAUCCUGAUCCCAAAAAGCCCAUUGGAGGAAACAUAAUAGCACAUGCCAGUACAACGAGAUUGAGUCUAAAGAAGGGUCGAGGAGAGACUAGGAUCUGUAAGAUCUAUGACAGUCCUUGCUUACCCGAGAGUGAUUGUCUCUUUGCUAUCAACGAGGAUGGAAUUGGAGACCCAAGUCCGAAGGACUUGGAGAAGGACUAG